GCAAAGGCCAGCACACCAGGAAAGCACUACCACAGGCCAGGAGCGAGUGGCCUGCACUGAGCGAGGAUCCUGCACCAGCCCGGCUGUGUGGGGCCAUGAGCUCAGUGCUUUCGAUCUUCUUGCAGGAACUCCCCGGCCCAUUCCUAAUCCUGGGGAUCUUCCUGCCUGUGUCUUUGCUGCUUUUCCUCCUGAUUGCCUACUUCAGGAUCAAACUGAUGGAGGUUGAUGAAGAAUCAACCCAGAUUUCCACUCGCCAGAACAAGUAUGGUUCUUCCCUACAUAGAAGAAUGAGACAAAGAAACAGGAACUUCAGAAGUCUGAGCUUGGGCUCUGGUGGAGGCCUGACUGCCAUGCUAACAGAUGAGCUUGGAACAUGCGUGUUUUGUACAGUAAGCAUAAAACACAUUAUUAAAGAAUGGCUUUGUGUUGCUGAACACAGCAAGAGCAAAGAAUUGACAAAACUGGAUGCAUGUGUUUUUCUAAGGACAUUCAUGUUAGCCGUGUGUCAAGGAAAGUCUCAAGGGUGUCAUUAACGACUCAGUGAAGACCCCACUAAGAACUUUACCAAAUCUGCUGUCAAGGCCAGUCAGCAGCUGCAGAGUCCCACCUUUGCUCUUCGAAUGCACAACUGUCAGGUUAGACCUCAUUGGGUCAUCAAUGCCUCCACUAGCUUCUAGCCCAGGCCACAGCCUCCUUCCGGCACUCUAGUCAAUCCCAGCCCACCCUCUCCCCAGGGAGCCACAUCUGUUCCCACAACCCUGAACUUUUCACCACAGCAGCUCCUAAUCACCUGUUCCCCACCCCCAAUCUUGUCGCUCACGCUACCUUCUACUAUCUAAGAGAUUUAUCCAGCAGAGGUUUAAAUGUUUCUAGCUCCACUCCUUCAAUAGAACACUACAACGGGCACUUUACAAAGACCUUCACAUGGCUCUUAGUAGUCAAUGGAAAUAACUACAAAUUGUUAUAGAGCUACGAAAGCUUUUUCUGUGUGUGUUGGGGGGGGGGAGGCAAGCUCUCUUUAUGUAUGUGGUCUAGAAAUCACAGAGGAUGGCUUUGAACUCAUCAUCUUUCUGCCUCAGUCCCAUGAAGUGCCAGGACUGCGGGUAAAUAUCACCACACCCAGCUUUAAGGCUGCAUUGGUAACUUGGUAGUUUGGUGUUGCCCAAGAUGGUCCUUCAAAGACUUCCCAAAAUGGCCACUCCACAUCUCGCAUCUAGCUGGUAGCUAUGGAGGUGUACAAUUCAUGUCCUCCAAGACAGUAUUCGCAAUCUCUUAGCCAUAGGUAGUAACUAAUCUAAGGAUUUCAGUGCUUUCUGGUAGCAAUGGGAUAGUCGACAACAAAUUUUUCUUGAAAUCCUAAGCUUUCUGGCAAAAGUGUAUCUCAGAAGUCAGAAUUUACAUGUCAGAAAUUGGAAACGUUAAACACACUUCAGAGUGAACCUUUCAAAGCAUGCUCUGAAAGACUGUGCUUGAAUUUCCAAUAUCCCCCACAGUUCCUGUGUUCAGCACUCGGCCCCCAAUUUUAUCUUGAGGCUAUGGGUAGAGCCUUUAGGAGGCAGGCCCUGGUUGGCAGAAGUGGAACAGUAUAGGUGGGGCUUUGAAAGUUAUACCUGUUUAUGGCCCCUGCCCUGCAUGUUCUGCUUCCUAUUUUGUGUGUUAGAUGAUUCUGCCACCUGCUCCCUGUGCCUCCCAAACUGUGAUGGACUGGAACCUAUGAGCCAGUAAGACACAACAAACUCCCCUCCUUUAGGUCCUGAAUUAUUGUUGGUAGGUUACGGUGCAGGUCCUAGCAUGAACGGUCUGAAGUGAACGGAGAAGGAAGCACACUAAGAUUUUUAUUUACAACUAUGAAGACCAAGGAUGUAAAGAUGUUCUACUUAAAAACCCCAAAUUUGCCUCCUGAAACUCUGAUCCACCUUCCUACUUACCCUGCCACUUGGCCGAGUUUACCAAGUGACAAGAUGAAGACAUUCUGAGGAUGCCUUUAGUAAGAAGCACCAAGUGUUUAAGAAGACAGUCUUUAUUGAUGCUCCCGAAAAGGGUAAUUAGCAAUAUUGCUCCAAGUGGUUCUUUGGACUCUGCUUCUCUAAAAUGUUCCAGGCUGCUCCGGGAUCCCUGUUCGUGCUGCCUCAGCAGAAUAAAACAGAGCCCAUGGACUGACUGUACUGCCUUGCCCAUGGGUGCUGUAGAGACACUUUCCACCAUUGCUAUGGACACACAUACAUAAGAAUUCUUCUCCAUCACUGCCAGAGGAAGACCAAUCGAUACUUUUUAAAUGGGAUCCACACAUACUAACUUUGUCAUGGAAAGCACAUUUGGUCUCAUAAUAUCCCCAAGGCUUGGCUAGCGGAGACAGGCUUCCUCCAUAGUUGUUUUUACAAUUAUAGAGAACGUGAGAAAGGCCUUUCACAAGUUGGGAGAUAAUUUAGUGGAACAGAUCUCAAAGAAGACAGUUUUGCAAAUUAUAUUUCCUGUGCUCAUUUUAAAUGACUACAUAAAGAAAUUCUAUAUCACAUUUCAA